AACCCUAAGGGGGGUCACUAUGUCACCCUUAGUCAUUGCUGGGGUGGAGUCGACUUCGCUCGUCUCCUCAAAGGUACUUUGCACAACUUUCAAGAAAGGAUUCCAUUAAAUGAGUUGCCACUCACAUUCCGAGAUACAAUACACUUCGCGCGGCGCUUGAGUAGUAAAGUUCGGUAUAUCUGGAUCGAUUCACUCUGCAUUAUCCAAGAUGACUUCGAUGACUGGCUUGCUGAAUCCACGCAGAUGUAUGAGGUUUAUAGAAAUUCAUACUGCAAUAUCUCCGCAACUGCGGCGAUCAAUAGUGAGAAAGGCCUGUUUUUCCAGCGGAAUCCGCAUCAACUAUGGGGCGACGAGGUGGCUCUCAACACCGAAGGUAUCCCAAGGCCUCUUGCGAAAGAACCCCCGAAUCAACACUUGGGCCCACUCAUACGACGUUGCCAUGUCCUCGACCUUUCAUUUUGGGACCGUGAAGUAGAUAAAGCUCCAGCCAACAUGCGGGGAUGGGUUCUGCAAGAGCGACUGAUGGCACCGAGAGUCCUCCACUUUUGCAAGCACCAGAUUGCUUGGGAGUGUCACCACUUGAAUGCAGCAGAACGUUUCCCGCACGGUCAUCUCAUUCCAGACCGGUACGGUCGACAACCAAUCUCAACCAUCCCGAGCGAGGUUUCGGAUGCGGCACAUGAGAACUGGAAGCGCGUGGUAGAAAGAUAUUCUAAAACCGGACUUACAGAAGCAAAAGAUAAAUUGAUCGCGCUCGCGGGUAUUGCGGAAAUGAUGGAUGCUCAAAUACGGGGACGAUAUAUCGCCGGGAUGUGGGAGAAGUACUUAGCAAGCCAGCUUCUAUGGCGUGUAGAUCCGGUAUUUGAAAACGGACUUUUCUCCUAUCCCUCGCGCCGUCCUGGGUGUUACCGAGCCCCUAGUUUCUCCUGGGCGGCAGUAGAUGCACCUCAAGGGAUUAGAUGUGGCCAAACUAUG